AUGCCCCGGCGGUACAACGAAGCCGUCUACAAGGACAGCGUUGGGGCUCUGCUGCAGAGGCAGCCGGUCGGGACUGGUGGAAAUCAUGAUCGAAGGCACCGAGGUGGCGGCUCCGCUGUGAAGAACUACCGUUUGGACAACAGGGCGAACAUCAAGGAGAUUCAGGCGCAAAACCGGCAGCGGCGGGAAGAGGAGGCCGCACCCCCGGCGGAGCCGUUCAAGCUCCGGCAGUUUAAGAACGUCAAGUCCAGAUUCGCCUCGGCGGGUGCGACGGGAACGGAGAUCUCCCAGACGAAGACACCCGGGUGCGACGAGAAGACACUGCCGGCGUCGCGAGACUUCCUCCGAAGAGGCACACGAGAGAAGGUGGCAACGGAGUUGCGGCAAGCGGCCGUACGGCGGCGGCAAGAAAACAACAACAGCGCGGCGGGGGCGGUAACGGCGACGGGAUCGAAGCUAUUCGGGGCGACAGGGACGAUGUAUAGACCGUCGACCUUUUCGCCGCCGCCGAACUGCGCUUCUCCCGAUAGCGGUGCCGCCUUCGGUGGUUCAGGUUCGCGAGGCGGCUCGCACGGUCGGGAGGAAGGGGCUUCUUCUCCUUCUUCUAGCCGUCGGGGGCGGGGGGGUGGUGGUGCCGCAGGGGGCUCCGCGGCGGACUACCACUUCGGUGGUGGUGGCGGCGGCGGCUGUGGGGUUACGCCAAGAAAGGAGGCGGUGCCUAGAGCGGGGGACGUUGCGCAGCUAGCCCCGCGAUCGGACAGGGACUUCGUGGCUGCGAAUCGGAUGCAGGCUGCGGAGAUGAAGGCGAAGGACGUGUCCGAGCGGGACACCACGUUCACGCACGAUAGCUACGGCAGGGUGCCGGAGUACCUGGUGUCGAGGCAAGAGCAGUGGGAGAGGGAAGCGGACCGUCGAAAGGCGGAAGCGCCGGACCCUUCCUGUCCCCCCGGGAUGAAGCUAAUGCCGGAGGAGGAGAGGCUGCAGACUCUCAGACAGCUACAGGAGAACGAGUCGUCCUGCCAAAGCCAGCUCAACAAGUUCCCGCUGGUGGUGCAAACCCCGCUCCUGCAGCGCCGGGUGGACGACCUGAACAAGAAGCUGAAGGAGAUCGAUGAGGCCAAGGCCAUAUUCAGUCGAGCUAGGGUUUACAUCGCGCGGGAUUUUUGA